UCCGGACCGCUCGACGCACGGGAGUCAUCAGCGUGCAGUCAUCCAGCUGACUCCCAACACUUUGGACAUACCUUCCUGAGAAAGAAGACAAAGAAGACCGGAGCGUUGUUCAACACCACCUCGACCGAGUGACUGCUCCCGUGCGGGUCGGAUCACAUCCGUCGCUAUGUUGUUCCGUGGACUUCUCCUGUGUUUCUCAGUAACAGGUAUUGUUCUCGCGCAGCCCGACAGCUCUGGACUAUUUUACGCGCUGAGAUCGGAACUGUCUGAAGACGCAAUCUUGGUGGCCAACAGCGGAAUACGCGUGCCUUUCGGGAGGUCGGUCUUCAUUGAUCCCGUCAACGAUUUGGUGAUUCAAACGCAGCCGGGGGACCGGUGCAGCAUCACCGUCCUGGAUAACGACCCGCUCUCACAGAGACCGGGCCAUCUCUCGCCCAAAAAGUUUCCGUGUGAUUUCGGUCCCAACGAUGUGACAUACGUGCACUACGGGUCGAGAAGUCCGGCUGAAGACAGAGUGAGGCUGCAGCUCAGGUAUGACGCGCAAACUGAAACCGUUAUUAUCCCGUUCAUGAUGGAGGUUGAAGUAGUUUUUACUCAGCUAGAAUUACUCACCAAAAACAUGCCUCUCACUGUUGAUCACCUCAAAGCGACCAGUAACCCCAUUAAUAAGAAGGUUUUAGAGUUUUCUUAUGACAGAGACUCAAAUAAAUGUGAGGUCACAUCCCUGACCAGCGGGAGCCCACUGCCGAGGUAUGGAAGGCUCAUCGACGGGGGGAAACUUUCCAAAAUGAUGGACUGCGAUGAAUUCACACAGGCUGACAUCCGCUAUGAGCACACAUUUGACCACAAGUCUCCCAAUAGGGACUACGUUCCCAUGGUUGUGGAGCUGCACGAUAAGGAGGGCAACUUAGUGAAACAGGAGUAUUUCCAUCUCAUGAUUCGCAUCAAAGCGGGGGAAGAAAACACUCCCCCCAAACCCAGCUUCGUGUCCAUGAUGAUGAUGGAGAUCAGCCAGUUCGUCAUGACCGCCCUCACACCUGACAUGCUCGCUGCUGAGGAUGCCGAGUCAGACCCAGAUGAGCUUAUUUUCAACAUCACCUCUCCCUUAUCUUAUGAGGAGGGCUACAUAGUCAGCACUGAUGACAGAAACCUCCCAAUCACGUCGUUCUACCAGCGAGACUUGCGUGAUCUGAAGAUUGCUUACAAGCCCCCCUCCCUGGACUCGGACACUGAGAGGAUUUUCCAGCUUGAGUUUGAGGUGGUCGAUACAGAUGGGGCUGUCUCAGACCCCUUUGCUUUUAUGAUAGUUGUGAAGCCGAUGAACUCUUUGGCUCCUGUCGUGACGCGUAACACGGGUCAGCUGCUGUACGAGGGGCAGUCUCGGCCUCUCUUCAGCGCCCAUAACUUGGAGAUCAGUGAUGAAGACGACCUGGACACAGUCACAGUCACAGUGGUGGAUGGGCUGCGCCACGGGAACCUCAUGGUGCUGGGCUCUCACAGGAAACUCUUCACACCUGCCGACCUCACAACAGGGGUCGUUGUGUACCAGCACGAUGGGAGCGACACAUACAGCGACAACAUUGUCUUCAAGAUGUCGGAUGGAAAAAACGAAGUAGAAUUCUUGUUUCCCAUUACAAUCGUUCCCACGGAUGACGAGCCACCGAUUAUUAAUGCCAACACCGGCCUGGUGCUAUUCAAAAACCAGAUGAUGCCUAUAUCUCCCCUCAUGCUCAGCGCGGCCGAUAUUGACUCUGAGGACUCAACUAUUAAAUUCACCAUUGUCACUCCCUUUUCCACCAUUGGCACAGUGCUCUUAAGACAGUCAGAUGCCCCAGAGGACCCCUCCUCUUGGAAAUUCAAUGCUGAGGAUGAAGUGUAUGAGAAGGAGGUGACAGAGUGGCUUCAGAAGGAUAUCACUGAUGGAAAGUUGUUUUACAAGCACACAGGCCCUCACAGCACAGACACCAUCAUGGAUCAGUUAGUGUUCACAGUUCAGGAUGACAACGACCCCCCUAAUGAGUCAGGAGAGAGUGCAUUUAUAAUCCGUGUUUUACCCAUAGAUGACAUACCCCCUGAGCUGUUCCCUGGCACCACCCUGCAGAUGACGGUUCAGGAGUUCAGGCUCACUCACUUUAGCAAGGAAGUUCUGCGCUACACCGAUUUGGACUCUGAGGACCGUGACCUCAAAUACACAGUUAUCCAGCCCCCGAUGGAUACAGAUGAAAACAACCCAGUUGUGUUUGGUUCUUUGAUUUUGACAGACAGCCCCGAUACUGAAGUCACUGAGUUCACACAAGCUCAAAUUAACCACCAUAAGAUCUCCUACGACCCCCCAGAUGUUGAGCUGGGAAUUACAGCCCACGUCGUGCAGUUUCGUUACACUGUUGAAGACACGACUGGGAACAGCGUAGAAGGAGCGUUCACUAUUUACCUCCAGCCUGUCAACAACAAACCCCCUCAGAUUACAAACACAGGCUUUACUGUGUUUGAACGUGGAAUGCACAUCAUCAGUAUUGCGGAGCUAGACGCCACAGACCUCGAUACAGAGAGCAAACAGAUUACUUUUACUCUAAGCCAGCCCGCUAAAUAUGGCCAGGUCCAGGUUGCAUUCACUGAUCUAGAGAAAAAAGGGCUUUUCAGACUUGAGGAUAUCUCAGCGGGGAAGACAUCAUAUAGUCAUGGUGGGGAGGAGACGAUGAGCGAUGAAUUUCAGCUGGAUGUUAGUGAUGGGAUUCAUGUUGUAACCGUGACAGUCAAAGUUAAUGUAAAGCCUGUCGAUGAUGAAACUCCAACCGUCAAUCUGCCUCCGGGAACAAUCGGCUCUCAUAUGGAUGUGCUGGAAAACGGAGCCACAGAAAUCACAACUAAUGUCAUUCAAGGCCAUGAUGACGACACAGAUGACCUCCUGCUGACCUUUAUUGUGGAAGAUCCUCCAGUAAGGGGUGACAUAUUACUUAAAGGAGUGCCUGCCACAAGUUUUACACAGGCUGAUAUUAUCAAUGGUGUGGUUGUGUAUGCACACACCGGUGGGGAGAUAGGUCUCUCCUCUGAGCCGGAUGGCUUCAAUUUGACUCUCACAGACAUGUCCCAUGAUUGGACAGUGGGUGGAAAUAAGGUCAACGGGGUCCAUGUUCAAGUCACUAUCCUUCCUGUUGACAGCGAGGCCCCUGAGGUCGGAGUUGGGAUUCAAUUCAGUGUCAUUGAAGGGAAGAAAUACGCCAUUGGCCCUCAGCACUUAAACGCUGAUGAUAAUGACACUCCAACGGAUGAUAUCCUUUGCACCAUCAUUGUUCAGCCCACUGCCGGCUAUGUGGAAAAUAUAUCACCUGCCCCAGGCUCAGAAAAGUCCAGGUCAGGAACAGCUAUCAGUGCUUUUACCAUCAGAGACAUCAGGGAGGGGAAUAUCCACUAUGUGCAGAGCAUUCACAAAGGGGUAGAGCCAGUGGAAGACAGGUUCACAUUUAGGUGCUCUGAUGGGAUCAAUUUCUCAGAGAACCAUUUCUUCCCAAUUGUCAUCAUCCCAUCAAAUGAUGAAAAGCCAGAGAUUUAUUUGAGGGAGAUAGUCGUGAUGGAGGGAAUGAACAUCGUCAUCGACACUCCGAUUCUGAACGGGGCCGAUGCCGAUGUUCCACCUGAGGAGCUGAUGUUCAUCAUUUCCAAACCUCCCAAACACGGUGCCAUUUUAAACCAGCUAUCCACAGGCUCAGUUUUGGUGACUAAUUUCACUUUGGAGCAGAUUAGGGAGGCAUCAAGUAUUAUUUAUGAGCAUGAUGACUCGGAGACAACAGAGGACAGCUUUGAUGUCACUCUGACAGAUGGAAAGUUCUCUGUGCAGAAAACAGCCAUAAUUAUGAUCAUUGCUGUUGAUGACGAGACCCCCAGAAUGCUCAUCAACGACGGCGUGGAGGUGGAAAUUGGGGAGACCAAAGAGAUCAACAACAAAGUGCUCAAAGCAACAGAUUUAGAUUCAGAUGACGAUACACUCACAUACAUCACCCGGUUUGGGCCUGGUCAGGGUGUCUUGCAGAGGAAAUCCCCAUCCGGUUCUCUGGAGAACAUCACGCUAGGCAUGAAUUUCACACAAGCUGACAUUGAUGCAGGGCUUAUACUUUACACACACAACGGUCAGGAGGGCAUCCGAGACUUGAUUAAAUUUGAUGUCACAGAUGGAAUGAACCCACUAAUUGAUCGUUACUUCUACAUCACUGUGGGCAGUAUUGACAUGGUGUUCCCCGAUGUAGUCAGUAAAGGUGUGUCUCUGAGAGAAGGGGGCAGAGUGACAUUGACCACAGAUCUUCUCAGCACUACUGACCUCAACAGCCCUGAUGAGCAUUUAAUCUUCACUGUCACAAGGGCCCCUGUCAGAGGCCACUUGGAGUGUACAGAUACUCCUGGGAUUCCCAUUGUUGCUUUUACUCAGCUCCAGCUGGCCGGCAGUAAGAUUUACUACAUUCACACCUCAGACGACGAGGUAAAAAUGGACAGUUUUGAAUUUGAAGUCACUGACGGCUACAAUCCUAUUUUCAGAACCUUCAGAGUCUCCAUUAUGGAUGUCGAUAAUAAGAAACCUGUUGUUACUGUAAAUAGUUUGGUUGUCACAGAAGGGCAUAUUAAGCUGAUUACGCCAUUUGAGCUCACUGCAGAGGACCAGGACACAGCUGAGAGGCUGCUGAAAUUCUCAGUCACCCAGGUACCGGUUCAUGGUAAACUUCUUUACAACCGGUCCACGCCCGUCACCAGCUUCACCAAACAAGACCUCAAUGAAAACCUCAUCAGCUACAAACACGACGGAACUGAAUCAUCAGAGGACUCCUUCUCCUUCACAGUCGCCGAUGGCACACACACUGACUUUUACGUAUUCCCAGACACUGUGUUUGAGACUCGGCGCCCUCAAACCAUGAAGAUCACCAUUGUGGCUAUUGACAACGGCGUCCCUCAGAUCGUGGUGAAUAAAGGUGCCCCUGCUUUAAGGAUCUUGGCCACGGGUCACCUGGGGUUCCCCAUCAGCUCCAAAGUGCUGCGAGCAGAGGACAAAGACAGCACCCUGGCCUCCUUGGUGUUCCACAUCACCACGCAGCCCAAACAUGGUUACAUCGUUAACCUGGCACAUGGGAACAACUCCAUCAACACAUUUAGUCAAGCUGAUAUUGAUGACCUGAACAUCUGCUACGUGUUACGGAAGGAAGAAAAUGCUACUUCUGAUCUCUUCCAUUUCUCUGUUGAGGAUAAGGGUGGGAACGAGAUCAAGGGAAAGCAGUUCCGUCUGGACUGGGCCUGGAUCUCUCUGGAGAAAGAGUACUACGUGGUGGACGAGGAGGACAAGUUCCUGGAGGUGGUGCUCAGACGGAGAGGCUACCUGGGAGAGACGUCUUUCAUUGGCAUUGGCACCCAGGAUGGUAGUGCGAAGAAGGAUGAGGAUUUCAAGGGCAAGUCCCAGAGGCAGGUCCAGUUCAACCCGGGACAGACCAGAGCCACGUGGCGGGUUCGCAUACUGACUGAUGAGAAGUACGAGCAGGCGGAGACCUUCCAGAUUUUGCUAUCGGAGCCUGUGAUGGGAGUGAUGGAGUUCCCUGCCACAGCAACAGUUGAGAUUCUGGAUCCUAGUGACGAGUCGACUGUGUUCUUACCUGAACAGAUCCACACCGUGGAGGAAGAUGUUGGCGAGCUUUUCAUCCCGGUACACCGCAGUGGAGACAUCAGCCAGGAGCUCAUGGUGGUCUGCCACACGCAGCAGGGUUCUGCCUCAGGGACGAUUCCCAAUACCGUUCUGUCUUACUCGGACUACAUCUCCCGUCCAGAGGAGCAUGUCAGCGUCCUACGCUUCGACAAGGGUGAGAGGGAGAAGCACUGUCGGGUUGUGGUUAUCGACGACUCUUUGUACGAGGGAGAAGAGAGCUUCAAUGUCACUCUGUCGCUGCCUGUCGGGGGACGUCUGGGAAUGCACUACCCCACCACCAAAGUCAAUAUCCUGGAAGACAUGGAUGACGCUCCGGUGUUUUACUUUGGAGGGGUAAAGUAUCAUGUGGAUGAGAGUGAUGGAUACGUGGAGGUUAAAGUGUGGAGGACAGGGACCGAUCUGUCAAAGAUCGGCACCGUCACCGUCCGCUCUCGCAAGGCAGAGCCUGUCUCUGCAGAAGCCGGGAUUGACUACGUGGGCAUCAGUCGUAACCUGGACUUCGCCCCGGGCGUCAGCAUCCAGACAUUCAGGGUCACCGUUCUGGAUGACCUGGGACAACCAGAGCUGGAGGGGACUGAACACUUUGAGCUUGUCCUUCGUAUGCCAGUGAACGGCAUCCUGGGAGAACCUGGGAAGGCUACAGUGUUCAUCAAUGACUCUGUGUCUGACUUGCCGAAGGUACAGUUCCGCGAGCCGGUGUACGCCGGCGAGGAGAGUGACGGUCAGAUCACGGCGACGCUGUACCGCAGUGGCGACAUCAGACACAAAUCCACGGUCCGCUGUUACACCCGCCAGGGUUCUGCUCAGGUCGCCUCUGACUUCGAUGAGCGACCCAACACAGAAACAUCUACCAUCACUUUCUCACCAGGCGAGAUGGAGAAGCCAUGCAUUCUCUCGCUGGUUGAUGACACGCUGUACGAGGAAGGAGAAGAGCUGCGUUUGGUCUUAGGGAACGCGAAGAGCGACUCCCCGUUUGGAGCAUCCGUGGGAGCUCUGAAUGAGACCCUGCUGAAAAUCCAGGACACAGCUGACAAACCCAUCAUUCGUUUUUUGGAAACCAAGUUCAGUGUUAGUGAACCGAAGGAAGCCGGCGCCGCGGCAACUGUGAGGAUCCCCGUGGUACGAUUGGGUGACACAUCCAAAGUGUCAGUGGUCCGUGUUCACACCAAAGAUGGGUCAGCUAUCUCAGGAGAGGACUACUUCCCCGUGUCUCAAGACAUUGAGUUCAAAGAGGGGGAUAAGGAACACGUGGUGGAGGUGGAGGUGCUAUUUGAUGGCGUCCGAGAGAUGAGGGAAGCCUUCACACUCCACCUGAAGCCUGAUGAAAACAUGGUGGCUGAAACUCAGGUAACUAAAAUGAUAGUUUACAUCGAGGAGACCAACAGCAUGGCUGAUGUCACCUUCCCCUCUCUGCCUCAUGUGGUGUCACUGCUCUAUUACGACGAUGUCGCCAGGACACCAUACAACCUGCAUCCAGCAGCCGGCUACCCUGUCAUCUGUGUUACAGCUUGCAACACAAAAUACCCAGACUAUGACAAGACGGGCUCUAUCUGUGUCAGCGAGCACAUCAACGACACCUUGACCCACUACCGCUGGCUCAUCAGCGCCCCAGCUGGCCCUGAUGGCGUCACCAGUCCCAUGAAGGAGGUGGACUUUGACACCUUCUUUACGUCCUCCAAGAUGAUCACAUUGGACUCAGUCUACUUCCAGGCAGGCUCCCGGGUCCAGUGUGCUGCUAGAGCUGUUAAUUCUAACGGGGAUGAGGGUUUAGAGCUCAGUAGCCCCAUCAUCACUAUCAGCCAGGAGGAAGGUAUGUGUCAACCACGUAAGAUGGGGAGCGUUGGCGCCGAGCCUUUCUCUGCCAAGCUACGCUACACUGGAGCAGAGGACCCGAAACACCCUAACCUCAUCAAAGUGACUGUCACCAUGCCUCAUAUAGAUGGCAUGCUUCCGGUGAUCUCCACUCGCCCUCUCAUGAACUUUGAACUGACUCUAAGUCCGGACGGAAUCCGGGUCGGAAACCACCGCUGCUCCAACUUGCUUGACUACAAUGAGGUUACCACAGGUCACAGCUUCAUCACCGCCUCGACUCGAAGCUCUGAAAGCAUGGGAGACACGGCACCCUAUCAGUUCAGCAACUCUCUGCGGGGGAACAGCACAUUGCGCUUCUACAGGAACCUCAACCUUGAAGCCUGUCUCUGGGAGUUCACCAGCUACUACCACAUGUCUGAGCUGCUCACAGACUGUGGAGGCACCAUAGGGACUGAUGGACAGGUGCUGAAUCUGGUCCAGUCCUAUGUGACCUUGCGUGUGCCUCUUUACGUGUCGUAUGUGUUCCACUCUCCCGUGGGAACCGGCGGCUGGCAGCACUUUGACCUGCAGUCGGAGCUGCGCCUCACUUUUGUGUACGACACGGCCAUUCUCUGGAAGGAUGGCAUCGGCAGUCCCCCAAAGGCCGAGUUACAGGGUUCAUUGUAUCCAACCAGCAUGCGCAUCAAUGAACAAGGACGUUUGGUGGUAAACUUCCGCACCAAGGCUCGUUUCAGGGGUCUGUUCGUGGGGUCUCAUCCUGCAACCUUCAUGUCCUCCCUGGUGAUGAGUGUGGACCACCCCGGCCUGACCUUUAACCUCACCUUGGUGAGGAGUGAGCCCACCUACAACCAGCCAGUCCAGCAGUGGACCUUCACCUCUGACUUUGCUGUGAGAGACUACUCUGGGGCCUACACAGUGAAGCUGACCCCCUGCACAACAGCCCAGAAUAUGGAAUACACUCUUCCACCUGUCUGCAGUCCCAGAGAACCAGUCACCUUCGAUCUAGACAUCAGAUUCCAGCAAGUGAGUGACCCGCUGGCAGUGGAAUUCAGUCUGAACACUCAGAUGUUCUUGCUGUCCAAGAGGAGCUUGUGGCUCUCUGAUGGCUCCAUGGGCUUUGCUCAGGAGACCGACGUGGCCUUUUCUGAGGGUGAUACGAUCUACGGCCGUGUGAUGGUGGACCCUGUGCAGAACCUGGGGGACUCUUUCUUCUGUAGCAUCGAGAAGGUGUUCCUCUGCACUGGUGCUGAUGGAUAUGUACCAAAGUACAACCCGACCAGGUUUGAAUUUGGCUGCCUGGCUGACUCUCCAUCACUGCUCUAUAGAUUCAAGAUUAUUGACAAGGCUCAGCCAGAAACUCAGGCACGUGUGUUUGGUGAUGUCCGUUUUAAUGCUGCGCUGGCAGUGGACGAUCCAUCAGCCAUGUCCCUCGUCAAACAGCCCGGCUCGGAUGGCUUUAGGUUGGACUCGACAGCCAUGUUCCAGGUUGCUGCAGGCCGUGAGUGGUACAUUCACACUAUUUACACAGUCCGCUCCAAAGAGAACGCUAACAGAGGAAUUGGAAAGCGCAGCCUGGAGUACCACUCCUUGGUUUCCACCAGCAAUGAUAUCGCCUUGACCCCAUCGAGCGGAAAAGGUCAUCGCUCCAGGAGGUCGGCUGGCGAUGAAGUCCCAGAGAUUACUGAUGAUAUCGGAGCAGACAACAACCGUGGUACCAAUAUAAUGCACAUCGCUUUGGACCGCACCAAGAGACAGGCGGGGGGGUCGAAUGAGCUGUUUACCGAUGGGCUGGAACCCAGUGAGCUGAACACAGAGGAGGACGAAGAGGGUCUGGUGACUAUGGUGGGGGCACUGGUGGGACUGCUGCUGACCAUCCUCAUCAUUGUCACCAUUGUACUGGUGCUAAGAUCCAGACAGAAGGAUGGCAAGGAUGGAUGGAGGGAGGGGGUGGAGGAGGUGGUCAAAGGGUCUGUCAGUACAGAGCCCAUGUUGGUGGUGAGGAUGCAAGACUGCCACAACAGCUCAGAGGUCUGAGCUGUGGAUGUGUGACUGCACAAAUGGACAAAGGGAUGACGAGUAUGUGAGAGUUUU